AAAUUAAGAUAAAGUGGGUUCGUGACAUUAUACUUACACGUAAACAGGGGUUCGAGGUUAUCUAGACAUAUUUAUAUAAUUGGCUAAAUACUCUUUCCUUGUGCCAUUCAAUUUGAAAGUUUCAUCGUCGGUCACACGAAAACCUUUGUAGAAUUAUUCAAGAUGAAACCAGUUAUCAUUUUAGCGUUUCUUUCAUGCCUUUUGGCACUUGCAUAUGGUGACCUAGUAUGCGGCUCUAGUUACUGCAAACAGAACCCCUGCUCUAAUAAGAUUGCAGCAUCAAGUUGCCGCUCGCCUUCCGUGUACCGCGCCAACCAUGCUGGCAAAUGUGCUUGCUGUCCUGCUUGCGUAACAUUAUUAUCUGAAGGAGCAGCUUGCAAGGUUUACAGUAAAGAGCUGGGAGAGACUCCGUCAGCUGUAUGCAAAGAACCCCUCAAGUGUCUCAGUGGCGUCUGCGUUAAAGUCGCUCCCAGAGGUUAAUUUUGCUUAAAGUAUUCAAUUAUGUACACAAACAUUUGUUUAAUUAAAACACGUUUUUAAUAAUAUUCGAAAUAGUAACCUAAUAAGAUCUUUUUAUAUGUAUUUUGCUAUCUUUUUAACUCCUAGUCCUUUUAUCUGUACGGGAGAAGAAACAGUGAAUAUUGUCAAUAAAUAUUCUUAAUAAUUAUUUUAAUAAAUAAACAUUCUUAUUAUUCA